AACGAACUGGUCCUUCUACCAUAAAUGACCGUGAAGGAACAACGUUUAUUUCUGGAGGAGUGUUCCGGGAUGGUUGUUAGCUAUGCUACUAACGCAGAGAAGUUAUUCUAAUAUUAUUUGGUCUCUUAGCUUUUAUUUGUUGAUUUUCAAUGGAGAAUGGCUUCGUUGAUUGUCACUGUCAUAUCUCGGCUCAUGAGUUUGAAGAGGAUUUCGAGGAUGUGAUCCUGAGGACGAGGGAGGCUGGUGUGAAGACUCUGGUUGCAGUUACAGAAGAAGUCGGAGAGUUUGCCCGAGUUCUCCAGCUGCAGGAAAGCUAUCCAGAUCUCGUGGCUCCGUGUUUUGGCAUCCAUCCGCUGCAGGCUGCUGAGGGCCCUCAGCAGCGCAGCGUGAAACCUCAGGAUCUGGACGUCGCCCUUCCACACUUCUAUAACCACAAAGAACGCCUGGUCGCUGUUGGAGAGAUUGGUUUAGACUUCACUCCCUGGUGCGCCCCGACUCAGCAGGACAGAGAUGACCAAGUGACCGUCUUCAUCAAACAGCUCAGUGUCGCCAAGGAGCUGGACUUACCUGUGAACGUCCACUCCAGAUCAGCUGCUAGGGUCACGAUUGACACCAUGAAGGAACAAGGCAUCAGCCGAGCUCUGCUUCAUAACUUUGCGGGGAAGCCAUCGGUCGCUCUGGAAGGUGUGAAGGCGGGCUACCUCUUCUCUUUUCCCCCUGCCGUCUGCAGAAGCAAACAGUACCGCCACACAGAGAGACAAGUUAAUCAAGCAGAUCCCAUUGGAGCACAUUUGUCUUGAGACAGACUCUCCUGCCCUGGGGCUUCACCAGCAUGUGAGGAAUGAGCCCGCUAACAUCAUCCUGCCAUGUCGCUACAUCGCCGAUGUCAAAGGUCUCCCUCCAGAAACUGUUCGGCUGGUCACCGCACACAAUGCAUACAGACUCUUCCCCAAAGCUAAAACACGCUGACAGUGACAUGAGCGUGAUUUCGAAAUCCAAGGCUCACCCAGUGUGUGACGUCAUGGAAAAGAUAACUCCCUUUACUACUUAGGGGUGAAUCAAUUUUUUAAUAUAAAUUUAUUUUGCCCAAAACGCCAGAAUCUCAGGUUAAACCUCACAAAAUUUCAAGAACCACCAAACAGCUAAAACAGUAAAUGCGAGCAGGA